AGCCUGCCGAGCUGCGAAAAAAGACCACUCCUCGCCGACAUCAGGGGACUCACACGUCGUGCGAUAUGGGCAGAAAGGGACAGGCAGCUGCUGCCGCUACGCCGGUUGCUCAGGCACCACAGGGACCAGCAAUCGGUGGACCUUCCUGGUAUACGGACGCUGCGACCUACUGGGGUACGGUUAAUUCCGAUGUGCAAGGAAUGCUUGGUGGAUUCGGACAUCUCACCGAGAUUGACUGCAAGUCGUCGAUAGAGUUCAUAGACGAGUUUGUAAACGGGAAGCAGAACGGCAGUGAGAACGUGGAAGUUCCGCCACGGAUUGGCAAGGGCUUAGCUUGCGACUGUGGAGCAGGUAUUGGUCGAGUUUCGAAGCACUUCCUAUUGAAGGUCUUUGAGCGGGUGGACAUGGUGGAACAAACACCCAAGUUUCUGAAAGAAGCGGAGGACUCGUAUAUGGGCCAAGACCUGGUGGGCAGGGUAGAUAGAUUCAUCCCGAAAGGGUUGCAGGACUUCACGCCGGAUGAAGGUCGAUAUGACCUGAUAUGGACACAAUGGGUGCUUGGCCAUUUAACGGAUGAGGACUUUGUUGCAUUUUUUCAAAAAUGCAAACGAGGUUUGAAGCCAAAUGGCCUAAUCGGCGUAAAGGAGAACGUGACCAGGCAUGGUGUCCUCGUCGACGCAGAAGACAGUAGCGUUACCAGGUCGGACGCAAUCUUGAAGGAGUUAUUCACCAAAGCAGGACUGAAGGUUAUUAAGGAAGACGUACAGAAGGGGUUCCCACCCCAACUAUUCGGCGUAAACAUGUUAGUUUCGAUGUUCCCCUACUCGGGUUUGCCACUGCUACUCGCCAGGCAUCAUUGA